AUGCCAUCUCUCCCACCUCCCCAGACUCCCGCGCCAGCAUCUUUCCCCAGUACUUCCACCAACCCCAACCCUCAGUAUUCAAUCAACAAAACACCCAAUGUACAUACCAUCAAGAUAGGCCAAUGGAAGAUUGAAACAAUUAAGAAACCUAUAUUGAAUGGUAAAGAGAUCGAUGUAGCAGAAAAAUCCUUGAAUCUUCCUUUACCAGAGAUGACCUUCGGUAACAAUUCUCUGCGUUUAUCAUACUCCCCUUCCUCUUCCUCUUCUUCAUCAUCAACAUCGAAUGACAAAGAUGAGAACGGUGUUCAGUUGAGAUUCGAUAGUAUAGAAGCUUUAUCUGGAGUAGCGACUGGUGAAGGAUGGGAAGAAAGAGUAGGUGGGGGUGUUAAAGUCAGUAUGGCCGAGAAAUGGAGUUCAAAAUCAUCAUCAAAUUCCUUUUCAGGUGAUUCACCAAUACCUACCAAACCUGUCAAACCUCACGAUUGGACAUUUUCGACCUGUUAUUCAGGAUCUGUGUCAGGUCCAUCGUCAUUCAAACCUUCCCCUACCCAUUCCUUACCUCUCCCAUUACUAGCCAGACAAGAUCCGAUACUGGACAGGAUACUGUUCUACGAUGACGUACCACUAUUUGAGGAUGAAUUACACGAUAAUGGUGAAUCGAUAUUGAACGUUAGGAUACGAGUGAUGCCUCAUUCAUUCUUCAUCCUCUCGAGGCUAUUCCUACGUGUUGACAACGUCUUAUUCCGUAUACACGACGUCAGGGUGUAUCAUGCGUUCGGGAGCGAUGAGAUUGUAAGGGAGGUAACGGGGAUGGAAGUUGGGUAUGAUCAGGUGAAGAGGCAUCUCGAAAAACCUUCUGAUCUCUCACCUUUGACAGAUCCAAAUUGGGUAUAUCAAAAGAUGUUAUCCCUUCCUUCAGCACCCAGUCAGAAUGGAAGACCAUGGCCUGGAUUAGGGAAGAGAGUGGAAAUGUUGAGAUUACCUAUUUCGGAUGAGUUGGGAGGUAUCAAAGAUGGUUUGGCAAGGGUGAGGUUAUAA